AAAUAAACCCGAACGGAAAGAUUUUAUAUUUUUUGUUUUUCGGUUUCUCGUUUUCUUGCUCUCAGUUGAUCCUUCUUUCUUGCAUCCCUUCUCCCUGUCUCGAUUAGAUCUCUCUUGAAUUUUAUCUUUUUUGUUUCGCUGGUUGGAUUCUGUCGCGGCAGCUUGCUUCUCUCUAAUUGAAGUAAUUUCGGUGAUAACUUUUCGCCCUUUGGGGGGGGGGGUUGAAACAGAGAAUUUCGAAGCUUCUUGAAGGAAAAAAUGUUUCUUGUUGAUUGGUUUUACGGAAUUCUUGCAUCUCUCGGUCUCUGGCAAAAGGAGGCGAAGAUCUUAUUUCUAGGGCUUGAUAAUGCUGGAAAGACUACCUUGCUUCACAUGCUGAAAGAUGAGAGGUUAGUUCAGCAUCAGCCAACUCAAUAUCCGACUUCGGAGGAGUUGAGUAUUGGAAAAAUCAAAUUCAAGGCCUUUGAUUUGGGUGGUCACCAGAUUGCUCGCAGAGUCUGGAGAGACUAUUACGCCCAGGUUGAUGCUGUGGUCUACCUGGUAGACGCGUAUGAUAAGGAAAGAUUUGCCGAAUCAAAGAGGGAGCUAGAUGCCCUUCUUUCUGAUGAGUCCUUAGCAAAUGUACCUUUCCUUAUCUUGGGAAACAAGAUCGACUUACCUUAUGCCGCCUCAGAGGAUGAACUUCGUUAUCAUAUGGGGCUUACAAACUUCACCACGGGGAAGGGCAAGGUCAACUUGGCAGACUCCAAUGUCCGUCCUCUGGAGGUUUUCAUGUGCAGCAUCGUGCGUAAGAUGGGCUACGGUGAAGGGUUCAGGUGGCUCUCUCAGUACAUCAAAUAGGGAAGUGAAUAGAGUUAGACAAUAAGUGUGGUGGUAGCAGGUAAUUAUAAUGAUGGUUCUGCUGAAGCAGUCUUUUACUCUGGCAUUGGAUUGAUGUAAAUUGGAUAUGUUAAAAAUUUUAGUUUUACUUUGGAGACUUGCGUAUUUCUGUUGGCAAAUUUUGUGUAAGCGUUGGUGCAAGCUUGUGCUGUGAUGCAGAUUAUUAUUGGUCACCAAAAUGGUAGAACUAAUAAUAGAGUGACUGGCUUUCAUGUUCAACCAAA